CUGCUUUCUCAACACGCCUCAACUUCAGGAGAAGAGCAUGAAACUAUGCCACGAGGAGGGGUGCUGGUCCAGGGCGCAUGGGUCAGGGUACAAGCGCUCUGUCUCAGCGUCACUGGUUUGCCGAGACUGCGCGCAAGAUUCGCUGGGGCAUGUGCGCGAAUCGGAUUGCGAAUGCGAGCAGAAGUGGCUUUGUGGGAUCUGCGCAGAUGAUCCGGAUAUUUGGGAAUCACACUUUUCGAGCUGCCCGAGGGACACGUCUCUGCAAUGAUUGCAUCGAAGUUGAGCCUGGAAAAUAUGGGGCCGAUGGCGACGAAUUUGGAGAGGGCUGGGAGGAUACGCAUCAAGGGGCGAGCGAGAAUGACGAUGGCGUGGAUGAAAAGGUUGGGAGCGGCAGCAAUGUGAGCGAGGAUGGACUUGGCACCAUGGUCAAAACCAAGGAAGAGAUCUCAAUGGGCGGCGAACAAGAGGUAUAUGAAGGAGAGGUAGGCGAUGAAGCUGAAGGUAACGAUGAAGCUGAAGGUAACGAUGAAGGCGAAGGCAACGAUGAAGACGAUAGCGAGGAGGAAGACAUCGAUGAAGACGAAUUCGAAGAAGUCCCAUAUGUUGAGGACGAGGUGCGCCUGGUAGGGUCGUUGGCCGAGGCUACCACGGGCUGGUAGGGCGGUGCCCAGGGUGCAAACAUGACCUGGAGAUAUGGAAG